CGGGCCCGGCGCGGGAGCGGCCGCGGCUGCCCGUCAGCUGCAGCGGCGGGAAUGGCGGGGCUGCGGCGGCUGUGCGGGCUGCUGGCGCUGCUGAGCGCGCUGCUGAGCGCGGCCUUGGCGCUCGGCGGGGCGCGGGGCGAUGCGGCCUUCCCGUGGGAGGCCGUGCGGCUGCCCCGCCACGUCGUCCCGCUACACUACCACCUGCUCGUCCACCCCAACCUCACCACGCUGACCUUUUCCGGCACCGCCGCCAUAGAGGUGUCGGUCACCCGCCAGACCAGCUCGGUGGUGCUGCACGGCAAGCGGCUGCGCAUCAGCGGGGCAGCCGUCGGGGCGCGGGCGGUGCGGAUGAUAGAGCAGCCGUCCCUCGAGCAGCUGGCACUCCUCGUCACCCCGCCGCUGCACGCCGGCCACAACUACACCCUCACCUUCCAGUACCUGGCCAACCUCUCCGAGUCCUUCCACGGCUUUUAUAAAAGCACCUACAAGACCCGGGAUGGAGAGCUCAGAGUGCUGGCAGCCACACAGUUUGAGCCGACGGCUGCACGAAUGGCCUUCCCCUGUUUCGACGAGCCAGCCUUCAAAGCCAGGUUUUCCAUUAGGAUCAGGAGGGAACCAAGGCACCUCGCGCUCUCCAAUAUGCCAGUAGUGAAGUCUGUGAAUAUAACUCCCUGGCUUGUUGAGGACCAUUUUGAUACCACUGUCAGGAUGAGUACAUACCUUGUGGCCUUUAUCAUUUCGGAUUUUGAAUCCAUCAGCAAAGUAACCAGUCAUGGAGUUAAGGUUUCUGUCUACACGGUGCCAGACAAGAUCAGCCAAGCUGAUUAUGCCUUGGAUGCCGCAGUGAAGCUUCUGGACUUCUAUGAAGACUACUUUGGCAUCCCAUAUCCUUUACCUAAACAAGAUUUAGCAGCUAUUCCUGAUUUUCAGUCUGGUGCUAUGGAAAACUGGGGACUGACGACAUAUCGGGAAUCUGCGUUGCUGUGGGACCCUGAGAAGUCCUCAGCCUCUUCUAAACUUUGGAUUACUACAAUAAUAGCCCAUGAGCUGGCUCAUCAGUGGUUUGGCAACCUCGUUACCAUGGAGUGGUGGAACGAUCUGUGGCUAAACGAAGGGUUUGCAAACUUCAUGGAGUUCGUGUCAGUCAGCAUUACCUAUCCAGAGCUGAGAGUUGAAGACCAUUUCUUAAGGAGAUGCUUUGAUGCCAUGGCAGUGGAUGCAUUAAAUUCAUCACAUCCUAUAUCUACUCCUGUGGAAGACCCAGCUCAAAUUUUAGAAAUGUUUGAUGACGUUUCAUAUCAGAAGGGAUCUUGUCUAUUAAAUAUGCUGAGGGACUACCUGACUGCUGAUGUGUUUAAAGCUGGACUCGUGCAGUACCUGCAGAAACACAGCUAUCAGAAUACCAGAAAUGAAGACCUGUGGCACAGCAUGACAAAUAUUUGCCCUUCAGUAGGGGACGACAAAAAAGAACAACAGGGAGAUGGGUUUUGCAGAAGAAGCCCACAGUCCUCUUCAAAUGCGCACUGGACUAAAGGAGUGACUCUUGAUGUGAGGGCAAUGAUGGACACUUGGACACUGCAAAAAGGUUUUCCCCUGGUAACUGUCACAGUGAGAGGGAAGAACAUCCACCUGCAGCAGGAGCACUACCUGAAGGGAGCCGACUCUGCUUCGCCUUCAGGGUACUUGUGGCACAUUCCACUAACCUAUAUUACCAGUAAAUCUGACAUUGUGCAGAGAUUUCUGAUGAAAACUAAAGCAGAUGUCAUCAUCCUCCCAGAAGAGGUGGAGUGGGUGAAAUUCAAUGUGGACAUGAGUGGGUAUUACAUUGUGCACUAUGAAGGUGAUGGAUGGGAUCGUCUGAUUAACGUUUUGAAAGAGAACCACACAGUGAUGAGCAGCAACGACAGAGCAAGUCUCAUUAACAACAUAUUCCAGCUCGUGAGAAUUAAAAAAGUGUCAGUUUCCAAAGCAUUUGAUUUGACCUUAUACCUGAAACAUGAAAGACAAAUCAUGCCUGUAUGCCAGGGUUUGAGUGAGCUGAUUCCUGUACACAGGCUCAUAGAGAGGAGGGGUGUGGACACUACAGAAAAACAGUUAAAGGAAUAUAUUGUCAAUCUGUUUAGAGACCUGAUUGACUCUCAGUCAUGGAGUGAUGAAGGCUCAGUGUCUGAGAGGUUCCUCAGGAACUCACUGCUGCUCUUUGCCUGUGUGCAUGGCUACCAGCCGUGUGUGGAGAAAGCACAAGGAUAUUUUACAGAGUGGCAGAAAUCCAAUGGAACCUUGAGCUUGCCAGCAGAUGUGAAGACAGCAGUGUAUGCUGUCGGAGCACAGGUAUCCGAAGGGUGGGAUUUCCUCCUCAGUAAGUACCAGCUGCCCUCCUUCAGCCUGGAGAGAAACAAAAUCGAGUUCGCGCUCAGCCUCAGAGGGAGCAAAGAGAAGCUUCAGUGGUUAAUGGAUCAAGGUCUGCGUGGUGACAUUGUAAGAACUCAGGAUCUUCCACAUAUUGUCAUGUAUGUGGCCAAAAACCCUUCUGGCUAUCAUCUAGCGUGGAUGUUUUUAAAAGAAAACUGGGAGAAACUUGUAGAAAAGUUCGAACUGGGUUCGAAUUCGAUAUCAAGCAUUGUCACCGAUGUGACGAGCUGGUACUCAACGAGGUCACAGCUUGCACAGGUGAAAGAAUUCUUUGGGUCUCUGGAGGAAAGAAGUGCACAGCUUCGCUGUGUCCAGCAAGCUGUUGAAACCAUUGAGGACAACAUACAGUGGAUGGAUCGAAAUCUUGAGGAAGUCAAAGCAUGGCUGCAGAACAAGCAGCUGUAAGCUAAAGCAACUGGCACAUGCGUUGGCAGGAACUGAAAAGCACUGAAAAGCUGUGGAACUCUGUGGAACUUUCUGUUAAAAUCUGACUGAAAUGUUGCUGUUGUCACGUGUGCUCAGUGACAUUUGCAAGGACAGCGAGUCACUCACAAUGGUCUUUACGUCUUACCUGUGGGGUUAGCAGUCAGGACUCAUUGCUCCAAGGGGAGAAAUUGAUGUUGUGUCCUCAGAAGGGACAGUUACUUAGGAAAGCUCAGCUGAAAUUGUGGAGGUGGGAUUUUUUUGUUGGAGUGGAUUUUUUUUAACAGGCAUUUACAGAUGGCUGCCUCUGUUUACCUGCAGAAAUCUUUUAUAGCUCUAUUAAACUUGUUUUAAAGAAAUCCAACUAAUGGCUGUGCUUAAAAGCACUUGAGUUCUUUGCUCUUACAACCAUGCUGUUGGCAUGAUUCCAUCAUACUUAUUUCCUCUGUGUGUCUCACCUCAGUUUCCUCCGAUUCACGGCAGCUGACAGGAAUUUUCAACAAAGACAAAGACUUUGUGAGAAAUGCAUUAUCUGGAACUAAUCACAAGCUUUGGCUGUGCCUUGCUUGCCUUUCAAUGGGAUAGCAACUACAUCUGUCCGAGUGGUUAAAACCCUUUCAUCAGAAUCCAGGAGGGUUGCUGGGUUCCACUGUUAAGGGCAAACAACUGUUUUGUGUCAGGUGUGUGGCAACAUGUACAGUGUUUUUUUGGUAUUGCAGGCAUUGUUGGCUGUUGCUUCCUUUAAAAUGUUUUCAGAGUUGAAAAGGGGAUUUUACAAAAAAUUAAACGUGUUUCCAUGA